AUGCUCGCGAUAUCCUCAGCACCUCGCAUGAGCGGGAAGAAACGCGCCUUCGAACCACGAAAAGCACAAUUCCAAAAGGCAACAUGGCAGGAGCAAGAGUACGCCCAUCGCAUGAACUUCUACGUGAUUCCACCCACCGGCCAUGUCACACUGGAAGAGUUCGAAGAAUGGGGCAUUGCACGUCUGAAAGUGCUGGCCGAGCUGGAAGCGUGUCAGUUGCGGAACAAAUUACCCGAAGAGACAGCAGAAUACAUGCGACCCAUCCUCGAUAAACACCUGCCACUUUCCUCCAACAGCUCGCGAAACAGCGAACUGUCACUCCAACGAAAGCGAGAUCACUACAGCCAUUGGAUCCUUCGACUGGCGUUUUCGAGCACACAGGACUUGCGACAACGAUUCACACGGCUAGAGGCACAGCUCUUCAAGCUGAGGAUAGCUCAGGAUGAUUUGCGAGAGAGGAGGGAGUUCAUCGAAUCGCUCCCCAUGUCGUGGCAAGUGGUGGGCGAAGAGGAGAAGUCAACGUUGCUGGAAGAUCUGAAAGCAGCCACAAACUGCAGGAAAGAAGAUGAGCUGAGUUGGUUCAAGUGCGAGUGGGAGAACGUGCCAGAGCUUGUCGAGAGGCGGCAAGUGCUGUUGAAGAGGGGAAAGGCAUAUGUGCAUGCUCGGGAACAGAUGAACAUGGUCGUCAACGAGUUCUCGAGACAGCUGGGGUCUGGUCUGGAGCUGGCAGCACGAUUUCUACCACGGAUGGACGAGGACAAUCGGCUCGCACCUAUACUUCACCACUUGUCACAGUCUUUCGUGGCGCCAGAUGCAGGGUAUGUCGAGAGCUCAAGUUUGAGCGAUAUCACCAACAUAACAGCCGCAUCGAUCGAUGGACAAAGCCAGCACUUCCCGCUGUGCAUGCAGAACCUACAUCGCGAACUACGGAAGAACAGCCAUUUGAAGCAUUUCGGACGAUUACAAUACACACUCUUCCUCAAGGGCAUCGGUUUGAGCCUGCAAGAGGCUAUCCUGUUCUGGCGAAAGAGCUUCACACUGAUCACAGACGACAAAUUCAAAUCCGAAUACCUCUACAACGUCCGCCACUCCUACGGCGACGUCGGCGGCGACUCAAACCGACGCGGCCGAGGCUACACCCCAUACAGCUGUCAAAAGCUACUCACAGAAGCGCUCCCAUCCUCCGGCCAACAACACGGCUGCCCAUACCGCACCUACAGCCCCGACAAUCUCGUCUCCCUCUUACAAAGCGUCGGCGUCCCAGAUCGAGAGCUCCUAAAGAGCGUUCGCGAGGACGUUGGCAGGCAACGAUAUCACAUUGCUUGCAACCGUGUCUUCGAGUCGACACAUAAGAACGAGAUUAAGAAGGUGAAGGAUGAAUCCCUCUGGCCAGCCUCGGAACUCGAUACUAUCUUGCAUCCGAACACGUAUUUCAAGCGCAGCUUUAUGCUGAAGAACUUGGGGAAGAUUCAGAAUGGGGAUAUUGGGAUGGAGGGGCCGACGCAGUCGAGUGCAGAGUAA